AUGAUAAUAUCGGAGUAUGACAUCGAGUACAUAGUUCAGAAAUCUAUCAGGGGAAGCAUUUUAGAAAAUUUUCUCGCAGACCAACCAAUUGAUGUUGAAGAUGACGAGGAGUUAGCAUUCCCAGACAAUGAAGUGAUGACUAACAACCCUACAACCUGGAGGCUACUAUUCGAUGGAGCUUCAGGCAAACAAGGCUAUGGCAUCGGAAUACUACUCAUCGAUCCUGUGGGGAUAUAUAACCCAAUCUCAGUCAAGCUUGAAUAUCCCGUGAUGAAAAAUGAAGCAAAGUACGAAGCAUGCAUCUCUGGCUUGAAGAUUGCUCAUGAAAAAGGAGUGAGACGUCUAGAAAUAGUAGGAGACUCCAACUUAGUCAUUUCACAGGCUAAUGACGGUUUGUCCACGUUAGCAGCCAUGACAAAAAUCCCUGAAGGAAUCAAAAUCAAGCCUUUGAAGAUUCGUCAGAAACAGAAACGAGACUUUGAGAAGAGGACGAUUGCCAACACCAAAGUGGUGCCCAAACCUUGGUUUGAACCUCUACAGAAGUACGUCGAGCAUGGAGAGUAUCCUUCAUAUUUCCAGAAGAAAGAGAGGAGAGCUCUACGCCAAUACGCAACCAACUACGUGCUACUCUCAGGAAACCUAUAUCGACGCACUUUUGACGGUCAGAACAUGCUAUGCAUCGACCAAUCUCAAGCAUCACAGAUCAUGGAAGAAGUACACGCAGGAACAUGUGGCCCACACAUGAACGGAUCAGCACUUGCUAAGAAGAUUCUUCGCUUUGGCUAUUACUGGCAGAACAUGGAACAAAAAUGUGUAGGAUAUGUUAAGAAGUGUCAUCAAUGUCAAGUUUACGCGAACUUUAAACACACCCCAUCAUCUAUACUUUACAACAUGACCUCACCCUGGCCAUUCUCGACAUGGGGAAUAGAUAUCAUCAGAAAAAUCUAUCCCCACGCUUUAAACGGACACGAAUUCAUCCUUGUAGCUAUCGACUAUUUCACAAAGUAUGUCGAAGCUCAAUCAUACAAGGUACUCAAGUCAUCACAUGUUUUCAAGUUCAUAUGCAACAACAUCAUUGCACGCUAUAGAGUUCCUCAAGACUUGAUCACAUACAAUGGUGGACACUUCUGA